AUGUUAGAAUUAAAAACUCCAACUGCGUUUCCCGUUUUUGGAUCGAGUGACGACAUCUUUGCGCAAGAAGUUCCAAUUAACGACCCAGGAGUCCAAAAAAUCAACGAUGCUACCAUUCUAAACAUAAAAAGGAGGUACAUAAGUGACAGAGAACUUAUUUUAGUGAAAAUUUACAAAGCGACGCAUCAAGUUUUUACCGGGAACAAGUAUGUCCUUCAUUUGGCAGUCGGUGAAACCAAUUGUGUUAAAGGUGAUUUUGGGAAAAAGUGUAAGUUGGACGUAACACGCCCGCUCAAAACUUGUUCCGCUAGAGUUUGGGAUCUUCGACCUUAUGCGCUCAGGAUGAAAACUGAUUUUCAAUGCGAACCUACUGUCAAUUAUCGUUAUGAAAUAGUUUAA